AUGACGCCAUGGCUGAUGGCAUUCAUCUGUUUGGCAACGGCAGGCUGCACCAAUGUAACGGACCAACAGACCUCGGAAACCCAACACGACCAUCAGGUGGCCAUCCUGAAACAGAUCAGGAAAGUGAACGAGGAUGGCUCCUACACCUUCGGAUACGAAGCUGGUGACGGAUCCUUCAAGGAACAUGUGUCAGUUGUGCAGAGCAUACCUCGUCCCAAUCGCACCUCCACUACCAGGAAACCAAAUGUAGUCUACGCUACCGAAGGAUCCACCAGAGCUUCGGUAGUCCAGGCGAUUCCGCGCACCAGGAAGACGACUACAACUCCGACGACAACGACCACGACCCCCAGUUCAACGACCGAGCCCCAAAGGCCAAUAUUUGGUAAUUACGUGAGGGCCGGUCAGAAAGGUCGGCCGAGGUUCGUCAUUAACGGUCAGCAGCGGCCAGUACUGAUCGAAGAGGUGGUCGAAGACGAGGAUUCCCAGAUCAAUCGUCCCAACACCGAGGAAAAGGCCACGUCCGCCUUCAGGAAGAUCGUUUUUACGAAACGUCCCGUGGGACAUAAUCUAAGACCCAUCACGGAAGACUUUGAAGAGAAAGAUGAAGACAGGAUCACCACCGGGAACACCUUGAGGAGGCAGCUUCAGGAGGAGACCACGAAGGUGAACAUCCCCACGGAAGCGGCCGAAGACGAUCGCUCGGAUGUGUACGGUGGAUCCUUAUCGACGACGCGUCCUCUCUUCACGACAGGAAUGCCUUCCCGCGUUCUCCAGAGGGUCAUUGCCUUGAGGGAACGACCUAAGACCAUUUAUGUGAACCAGGAAAACGUUGGACCGGCCAAGUUCGACAGUCCUCGAGUGUACGAACCCGAGGAUAAAACGGUUCAAGAAGAACGCAACGCCAAUCAGUUCUUGAUCCAGGGACCGACAAGAGCCCAGAGCGAUAUGCGAGAUUACGUGAGGCAGAGUUCGGAACCAGUCUAUGUUCGGCAACAACCGGAUCAGUAUUUGCGGGAACUUCCAUCAGGAGGAAUCCUGGUUCAGGGAUCUCCGGUGAACCCCGACGAGGACCCGACCUACAGAGCGAUUCCCAUCGGCAGGAUCCUCCUUCGCCCUUUACCGGGGCAACAAUCCCUGUACUCGACAACGACGGAUGCCAACGUCCAUUAUAUCACGGAAAAUCCUGCUUCAGAGUCCAUGGAACCAGCCCGAGUACCAGUGAUUCCGAACUUCAUUCGCCAGAGACCGUUUCCCCGUCCCUAUCCGGAGCAGGAACUCCGGCACAGGCCGGCUCUCAGACCCAUGAUACAGUCCCUUGACGAAAGCGACUACCAGCGACCCAUCGCUCCAGAAUAUCCCUACAGAUCCAGUGCCUUAACACUCCCACCGGAACCACCCAACCCCAUAGCCCCACCGCUGAGCCGCCGGGACUUCCAGAUCCUCCUGAGGCGACUUCUGGUCAGCCAAUACGGUCCCCAGGCCUUGAACUACCCAAAGACAUACCUUGAAGACGCAUUGUAUGACCAUCAGCCCUACCCCCAAUAUCAACCGGCUUAUCAGUCACCUCUUCCAAGGCGAGAUCUCGCCUACGAUCAGACCACCGUCCCCGUGCAAUACGGUGAUCGCGUUCCGAUGAGGCGACCUGGGCUCUCCAGAUCCCUGAACCCUGUCUAUCAACCAAAUCAAUACGAUGACUAUCAAGAUCAGGGAAGGUAUACGAAAAGGGUUUACCGGCAGAAAUUCUAUGUGCCCGAGGAUACCGACGACGGAGACGAGAUCUUGCCACCACCCAUUCGCGAAGCUCUACUCCUCAGAAUGCUACAGCUAGCGAUUAAUGCCGAAAGACCUCCGAUGAAUUCCAUGGUGACCAGUACCACGACCCCUUCUUCUAGAUACAGAAAGGCUGGACCUGUAAGGAGCGUACAAAUCAUCAAUGAGGAUUCCGAAGAGGAGAAAGACAUGGGAAAGAAAAUGUAG